AACCGGAUUUACCUUCGAUUCUUCUCUGCUAAAGCUCCAGUGUCUCUGUACUUUGUGGUUCUCUCUUUCACACACAGUCUUUGUGCGCAGAGACUGUGAUCAAGAUCAAGAAUCAUGGAGCUCUUUUACUUGCUAGUCUUCGGAGGUCUUGGUGUUAUCGUUGCAACAUUGGAGCUCAGCAAAAACAACAAAGAUCGAACCAACACUUCUUCUGCUUUCAAUUCCUUCAAGAACAAUUACCUUCUCGUCUAUUCCCUAAUGAUGGCUGGUGAUUGGUUGCAGGGGCCAUACGUCUACUAUCUUUACACCACAUACGGAUUCGGGAAACGGGAUAUCGGCCAUCUCUUUAUCGCUGGAUUUGGAUCUUCCAUGUUGUUUGGAACAAUCGUUGGAUCUUUAGCUGAUAAACAUGGAAGAAAAAGGGCUUCGAUUACUUACUGUAUCACUUACAUUUUGAGCUGCAUCACCAAGCAUUCACCUCAGUAUAGAAUCCUAAUGAUUGGACGUAUUUUGGGAGGGAUUGCCACGUCACUCCUCUUUUCAGCUUUUGAGUCAUGGCUAGUUGCUGAACACAAUAAGAGGGGUUUUGAGCAACAAUGGCUAUCACUAACAUUCUCCAAAGCAAUAUUUCUUGGAAAUGGAUUAGUUGCCAUUUUAGCUGGUUUAUUUGGGAAUCUUUUAGUUGGAUCUUUAGCUUUAGGACCUGUUGCCCCUUUUGAUGCAGCUUCAUGCUUUCUUGCCAUUGGAAUGGCAAUCAUUCUUUCUUCUUGGACUGAAAAUUAUGGAGAUUCUUCAGAAAGCAAAGACUUGUUGACUCAAUUCAGAGGAGCUGCUCUUGCAAUCGCAUCUGAUGAAAAGAUUGCAUUAUUAGGAGCAAUACAAUCGCUAUUUGAAGGUUCAAUGUACACUUUUGUGUUCUUAUGGACUCCUGCUUUGAGCCCAAAUGAUGAAGACAUUCCACAUGGAUUCAUUUUUGCAACUUUCAUGUUGUCUUCCAUGUUAGGAAGCUCAUUUGCUUCAAGGUUAAUGGCACGUGCAUCAACUAAAGUUGAAAGUUACAUGCAAGUUGUUUUUAUUGUGUCUUCUGCAUCUCUUAUGCUUCCUGUUAUAACAAGUGUUUUGGUGGCUCCUUCGAGUGAAAAAGGUGGAAGUAUUUCAUUUGCGGGAUGUAUUCAAUUGAUUGGAUUUUGUGUGUUUGAAGCAUGUGUUGGAUUAUUUUGGCCUUCGAUUAUGAAGAUGAGGUCACAAUAUAUUCCAGAAGAAGCUCGAAGCACUAUUAUGAAUUUUUUCAGGAUUCCACUUAAUAUCUUUGUAUGCAUUGUACUUUACAAUGUUGAUUCAUUUCCAAUAUCCGUAAUGUUUGGAAUGUGUGCUGUUUUCCUCUUCAUUGCAUCCAUGUUGCAAAGACGCCUAUUGGGAGUUGUAGAAAGAUCAUGGCCACUAGACAAAGUGAGGGAACUGGAGUCCGAACCACUUAACAUUUGAUAACAAGAUGAAAGAAAUGAAAUGAGAUUAUAGUAAAAGGUCAAAAAGUCAACUUAUGAUAUUCUUGUGUGAAAUGUAUUUUUGGUUGGAAAUAAUAUUGGAAAAUUAGAAACUUGUUGAGAAUAAAGGAGUUGAUAUAGUUGUUAGGUAGGAGAUUAUGUAGGCAAUGUAGUUUUCUUUUUUUCUACUUUUUUGAAAUUUGUAGUUAUG